AUGGCUCCCGGAAGGUGCCCUGUCGUGGCCCAGCCGGGUGUCGUGCAGUGCACUGAACUACAGAAUAUGGCGGCUCAUAAAGGUAUUGCCGAUGAUCUUCUCUCCAAGCUGGCUGAAGACAUCGAGACAGGUGAGCAGAUGGAGGCCUUAGGACGAACACUCGGAUUCAGGGUCGCAGACAUCAAUAGAUACACAGAAACCAAUAGGAUAGAAGGACGGGUGACUUGUAAGGGAACACGUGACAUGCUGUUUGACUGGAGACAGACUGUGGUGCCUUGCGACCAGCAUCUCAAACUGAAACAAGCUCUCAUUGACGCUGAGCUGGUCACGCUUGCUGAUACAUAUCUCAAGGGGACACCAAGUAUUCAAGAUAUUUACAGUGAGAAGAUCUCGGAAUCCUUGACUGUUCUGCGAUGUCGCGAAAAGUUGGAGAACAAGUACCGAAAUCAACUGUGCAAAGUUCAAAUAAAACCUUGGGAUCGAAGUGAUUAUGUCGAGUUCAAAGAUUUGCACACGGUUGUCACAGUGGUGAAGAAGGACGCUCAUGGAAAGGACACGAAAAAGAAGGAAAUACUCAAGGGUUCUGUUGCUGGAAUAUUUUCAACGAAAGUAAACGGAAGACUGCCAGCUCGAAUCCUCGUUUCGGCCCCAGCUGGACGAGGGAAGACCACGGCUGUUGCUAAGAUGGCUUACGACUGGGUUAACAGAGAAAAAGGGUCAGCAUUAGAACUUCUGCCACUUCUGUUUGUUUUGAAAUUCAGUAACACAAAUCAGCUGACAUCGAUCGGAGAAGCCAUCAAAUCGCAGCUUUUGAGUGAUGUUCAUGAUCUCACACCAGAGGGUCUGGAGAGUUUCAUCAGAAAGAAUCAGGGAAUCUGUCACAUCAUACUAGACGGGCUAGAUGAGUAUGCCGGUAUUUCUUCUUCAAACCGAAGCCUAGGGAGCAACAUUGUCAGUGUCAUCCGCUGGGAGGAAUUUCCAGAGUGUAGAGUUCUUGUAACAACACGCCCUCACCUAGAGAACUUCUUCGACCAAGCGGAACUUUCAAGAGUAUACACAAAACUGUGGAUCGAAGGCUUCUCGCAAGAGAGCUCACGAGAGUACAUCGACAAGUUCUUUGCCUUGACUUUGAGUCCUGGUAGUGGGCGUGGUCUGAAGGUUUACCUUGAUGACCAACCACUUAUUAAUGAACUUGUUGAAACGCCUCUAUUUUGUCUCAUGAUCUGUCACUUAUGGAGUGAGGGCCUACUGAACAUUGAUACUACAACUCAAACAGAAUUGCUGGACAGCGUUAACGUCUUUCUGGUGCACCAUGCAAACGCACGCCAAAAGUCAAUAAUGAAAAUUACGCCCAAACAGUUAAGGACAAUCGUUUCUCAAUUAGGCGAAGUUGCCCUUACUGGUCUGCUUGACGAUGCUAAAAAACUGGUCUUCACGUCACAUGAUUUCCGUAAAAUUCCCGCAAUCCUUGAUAAAGCCUGUGAACUUGGGAUAGUAUUCAAGACAACUAUUGCAACGACAUGGCUCCCACGAUCUCACAUGACCACGUCCACUACCAUUGAGUUUUAUCACAAACUCGCACAAGAACACUCGGCUGGGAAAUAUCUCGCUGAUCAAACAAAUAACUUUCAGUUACGUUUGAAGAUUUCUAAGUUAGACAUAGUACUGCGCAAGAUCAAAGAAAACAUUGGUGACUACGAGAAUCUCAUCCGAUUCGCUGCUGGCACAGACAACAACAUCUUUGUACGAAUAAUGGAGGUGCUCCUUACAAACAGCUUUUUGAAUGAGAGCGAGCGCUAUCGCAUUCUCCUUAACUGCUCAUCGGAGACCAGGGGUACUGAAGGAAAUGUGUCUUCGUUGGUUCAAAGAUGUGUAACUGCACAGAGUAUUUUUCUAAAGUCACCGACUGUCUACACCGUCGUUGGGAUGCAAAAUCUUCCAAAGCAACUUAAACGUCAGUCUAACUACCGACGUGACGAGUGGACUAUGGUCAUGCCUCAAAUCAUUUUCGAUGCUACAUGCUCUCACCAUCUCAGACUCCUCUCUCAGUUUCCCCCCAUCUGCUCCUGA